GUAGCAAAGCAUCAGAUGCUGAUGCGUCUAAAAAAGAAGAAAACGUUCGACCAGAUACUGGUACAUCAGAGAAAGCGCAAACCUCCCAGAAAAUUCCCUGGCAAAGGGAUCAGUCUGUUAUUACGCCAAGUGCUGAAGAAAUCAAGAAGUGGAGUCCGCAACAAGUUCUUGAAUUUCUUGAAAAAAAGAAAGACGAGCUAUUUAUUAAUAAGAAGCACAUCAAACUCAUCGAAGACCAAGAGGUUUCCGGUCAAGCCUUCGUUCGUUUAACUGCAGAAAAACUUAUAUCCCCACCUUACAAUCUUCCUGGUGGUCCGGCAGAAACAAUCGCAGGGUUGAUUGGCUCGAUUACAGGCGAAGAGCAAGCUCCUGCCACCCAAGCUCUACAACUACAGAUUGAAACAGAAAAGCGUAAAAGGGUGGAAACUGAAUUAUCAAGGGCGGAAACUGAAUUAUUAUUGGAACGGGAAAAAAGGCUUCGUCUUGAUCUUGAAUACAAAGCCUCAAUAUCUUGUUAUGAAAGUAUUUUGUACGCAACAACCCACGGCCUCGCUAGAAUAUGGGAACAAAUGAAUCCAACACACCGUCAAAUACCAUGGUUUGGACCCGCAACAGAACCACUCAUGUUCGACCAACCACCGACAAGUAAAGUCGAACAAGACUAUCAAGAUUGGUUUACAAAGAAAAUACUAACACAGCUAGAUGGUGACGGAUCUGUUAAAGCUGUGGACAGCCAUCAGUUAAAGUUCCUCGACGGAAAAGCUCCCGAUAGCGCCACUCAUACUAAGGGUUAUUCUUUAACUUCGCAUACAGUAGAGGCUAUAGGCGAGAUAAAAUGUCGAGGAAAUUGCUUCACAAACACCUAUCAAGAGCAAGUCCUACGGUAUGCCAUACUCAUUUUGAACCAUCAGAAGAACCGGAAUCAGAUCACGGGAUUCUUGACGGAUUGUCAUCACAUAAUGUUUAUUGAAGUUUCCAGGGAAGUGAAAGUUUCCAGGGAAGUGAAUGACCGGCCGUACAGUGUAUCUUAUUCCAGUCAGAUGAGCUUGAGUAACCAAAUCACCACCCGGUAUCUACGAGGGCUUCUUAGUACAAUACAGUACCACCCAACCACAGGUCUAAAUGUGGAUUUGGAUGACAUGAUUGCAUAUACGCCCACCUCUACUAUAUUUAGCGUCGUCGACAAUGAAAAUGCAGUUGUCAAACUUGUGAAUCAACCCGAUCUGUUAGAUAAUGAGAUCAGAAUAUUAAAAAAAUUGGGUCAAAUUUCUGGUGUUAUAGAGCUGGUCGAUUCGUCCACGAAUGCGAUGUUAUUACAACCACGCGCAGGUGAAUCGUUCAAAGAAAGUCCAUGUCAUGUAUCAUCUCUUGUGGAAAUUGUGGAUGCGCUCUAUCUAUGCCACCGAAUCCAUAUAGUACAUGGAGAUGUGCGACUGACCAAUAUCCUUGUGGAUAAAGACCGACUCAUAUUAGUUGAUUUUGGGUGUGGUUCGAUCAUAGGAGAGCAGUGGAAUUACUGUGGUCCAAAAUUGCCCUUUCGCUCAUUACGAUUGAUGAAAUCAAAGUCUCCAAUUUUUAUUCAACCCCAAGAUGAUCUCUUUAUGCUCGUUCAAUCACUCUAUCUUCACUUGCAUCACAAAGAAGUACUUGCGACUAUGAUUGAUCUCAGUGAUCCCUCGGGUGUCCUUGGGUUUUGGGAGAAAGUGUUUUCGGAUGAUCUCUGGGGGAAGAUGCGUGUUUCCUGUGAAAACUUGGAUUAUGAUGCCUUGAAGGAAUGCAUUUUACAGAUACCAUAA